UUCAUGACCACACCCAUCAAACUAACUUGAUUAUGAAAAAUCUCGAUAGGUUUUAGAUAAUGAACAAAUUUCAAAGAGAAUUCAUAGAUUAUGAUCAUUGUUACUGUUAUGUUCUCGUUUUUGAUAUUGUAAUGCUCUUUUAUAAGCUAUAUGUGUCUACUGGCAGUUGCUUCAAUUUUGCUUUUUCAUUGCCAAAUCUCUUUAUUUUAGAUUUAUCACUGCACAAAACUUGAGUUUAUCACUGCACAAUAAUGAUUCAUCACUGCACCAAUUGGGUAUCACUGUACGUUAAAAUAAACCCUGGGUAUUAUAUUUCUGCAUGAUAGGGAAAGUAUGAUUUUGCCACAGUAAUAAAAGAACCUAUUUUAAAAGCCUUGUUAGCCUAAAUUAACUGUAAGUCUAAGCACCAUUCAUAUAAGAAUCUUUCUAGGUUUAUUGAAAAAAACUAGGAUCUUAUAAGCGGGUUUUUACUGCAUUUAACAGCGGCGUCCCAUCAACUUAGAAGGCCAAAAUUAAAAGAAUCUAUAACUUCAAAAAAAUCCCUAGAUAAAAUUAUUAGAAUUUUCAAAAUCGAUAAAUGUAUUAUUACGUUUUUCACAUUUACUCUCAACCUCCCAAAGAAUAACUCACUUAUCCGUGUUGGAAUCGAGGUGUCUUCAGAAGCUAUUUUGGAAAUGAGGCUAAUCAACUUCGCGGGAAAGAAAAUUGUAGAGAAUGGUGAAAGAACAUAUUUUUGGAAUAUUUCCUUGUCUAGGAGCUCUCCAAGCAAACAAGCGGAAGAUAUACAAAUUGAUAACGAAAGAUGCGUUUCUAAAAAAGUCAAUUUUGUCAAAAUCAGAUAAAAUAGCAUUUAUGAUAGAUGUAGCAAAAGAAAGAGAUUUGAAGGUUGACUUCAAAGAAAAAGCCUACAUUGAUAAACUUGUUGGUAGCAGGCCACAUCAGAAUAUUGUUAUGCAAGUGUCACAUCUUACCCAUGAAAAGUUAGAUAUCAACAAAAUGAAAAAUACUUCAAAUGAAUGGAUGGAAGACAAGCAUUUUCAAAAGCAGUUAUGGAUUGCAUUGGAUCAAGUACAGGACCCAAUGAAUUUUGGUGCUGUUCUUCGAUCUGCUGCUUAUUUUGGUGUUGAGGGUAUCAUUGCAACUGCCAAGAACUCGUGUCGUCUUAGUCCAACAGUCAGCAAGGCAAGUGCUGGGGCCAUGGAAUGGAUGAAGAUUCAUUCUUCAGAAAACUUAUCAGCUAAUCUCAAAGAACUAGCAUGUAAUGGUUGGGAUGUUAUUGGAACUACCAUGCCAUGCAAAGAGUACACUGAUAGCUCCGAUGUGAUGCCAUGUGCCCAGUUAGUCUUAGAAAAGCCCACCGUCCUUGUACUAGGUAAUGAAGGGUAUGGUGUUAGUGGUGACGUCAUCGAUGCAUGCACUAAACUGACCACUAUUGACUCCACUGCAAGUAUUAAUGACAUGGACUCUCUCAAUGUUGCGGUGGCUGCAGGCAUCCUGAUAAACCGUUUGAUGACGAAUGAUCAAAAUGCAUUCAUCAAAGGUCGAUAAUUUUGAUUGAGAAUACACACACCCCUUGAAGCACGCGUCUGUACAUUCGGUAACGCCGUUCAGUGGACGCGUUGAGCAAGCAGGUUUGUUGUGAGGUAUUGAUGCGCUGUUUGCUGCUCUUUUGUCAUCGAAUGGUAAUUUCGGCUACUACUUAGGCGCAGGUACGUUCACAACGUUCUGUGGAAGAGCAACUUUAAUCUGUAAAUAUGUUUUGAUUUUUGGAUGAAUUAACAAAAUCUAUAUUUGAAUGGUAUUUCUUAUAAUGAUUGGCAAUGAGUGAUUGUUAUGUAUUGGUAGUCGUAGUUUCAUUUCGUUUGAUAAGCAUCAUUUCAUUUGAUAAUAUAAACUUUUUCAAUUCUGCACACGAAAGAUUUCCACCAAAUGUGUAAAAUUCGUGCUUAUUCGCGGAAUGUGAAUCACCUAUAGGCACCAACUAUGUACGUAGGAACUUUUGGGCCCAAGCCUCUCCCCAAAGGAAGUUUCGCAAAAACGAUCAGCCACUGCUGUCGGACAACAACAAUGUAGGAGUAUAUUUGCUCCGUUUAAGUACUAUAGAUCUAAAAGGUUCUUAUAGAAGUCUAGAUUCUCUAUUAAAAGAACCAACAGUACUUUGCGGAUGGUAUAAACCAUUUUUAUAACAAUAUUUUAAUUUCAAAUUUUGAGCAAUCCAUUGGAAAAUUUAAAGUUGGUAAACGGAAAGGUCCAAAUAAAUAGUGUACUACACAGUAGUAAGAAAACACAAACUGCACGGAACAGAAACACUGCCAACAUAUUUUGAUAGAGCUAGUUAAAAUAGAAAUGUCGCAUCAUGCAGCGUCGUGUAAUGUAAUGAUAUCCAGACGAUCAUGUCCUUUUUACUUAUCAAAUGCUCUUGCUGGUACAGAGCCUUAAAUUUGGAAAAGGUAUUCUACUCUUCUACCGAAAUCAUAUAUAAUGUCAAAUCAUUGAAUACCUUACCCUAUAUCAAAAAACAGAAUGAGAAACUCACUUUUCACUCUUACAAGCCAUCUUUACUCUUCUAUAUCCUUUCAUACUUCUUUCUGCCCACAAAAAGAGAUUAGCUAUUUGGCAAACCUUUUCCUCAAGUUCCAAAAUGAAAGUCUUGAAAUUGAAAGCUUCUGCUUUUAAUACAAAGUUUACAGUUUGUUUGAGUUUUGCCAAAGGUUUUUGGUAACAGAAAGACAGAGAGACACACUUUAUUAUAGUAACAAAAUUCAUCUCCAAAUUCAUUACAGCAUUAACUAAAAUGACAAUCAUAAUAAGAUUUGCAAUCUAUGAAAAUUUUUGGAUAAGCCUAAAAGCUGCGUUUCGAAUUCAUAACAGCUACUCCUUAUGAUCAAGAAUACAAAUACUACAUUCCUUUGCCUUCAUCUGUCUACGACACUAUUUCGUUUGUUUUGACAUUAUUGUGUGAAAGGAAUUUAUAUGUUUAUCUUUAUCGCACAAAACUGUGUGAACCCUAAUGAC